AUGUAACCUUAUAAAAAAGUUUGUGUAUAAGAAUCGAAUAUCCCCUAUUCAUUUAGUGAAUAAGAUGAGAAAAUUGGAAUUGAUUAUUCUAAUUUCAUAUAAUAAAUGGAAGGGCCUUAUCAUUAACUUUAUGAGCCUAUAGACAAAUAAUGUAUAGGAGCAGGGGGAUAAGGUUGUGUAAUUAAAGUUAGAUGCAAAUUAAAUAAUGAAAUUCGAGCAAUGAAAGUCAUAAAGAAAAUCAAUGAAGAUAAAAAUGAAAAUUUUAGAAAAGAAUUCCAAAACCUUAAGCUGUAUUUCAAUUUCUUAAUUUAGAUUAGAUCACCCUAAUAUAUUGAAGCUUUAUCAUAGUUUUGAGGAUGAUCAGAGAUUUUAUAUUAUUUCGGAACUCUGUGAAGGAGGAACCUUAUCUCAAUAUAUUGAAGAUCAUUACCCACUUAAGGAAGCAGAAAUCCUUAAAAUUAUGAAGUAAUUAAUCGGCUCUAUUAAUUUUGCUCAUAAGAAAAAUAUAGUUCAUAGAGAUAUCAAGCCUGAAAAUAUUUUAAUUGAUGAUGAAGUUACUACAUCUAUUAAACUAAUUGAUUGGGGUUUCUCUGGAAUGAUUUAAUAAUAUGAAAAAUUAAGUCUAAAAUGUGGUACUAUUCAUUUUGUAGCUCCUGAAGUGAUGGAGGAAUCUUAUGAUUAAAAAUGUGAUAUUUGGUCAUGCGGAGUUGUUCUUUAUAUAUUAUUAUGUAAUGAUCCUCCAUUUUAAGGAACAGAUUCAAAUGAAAUUUUAUUCAAUAUUAAAAAUCAAAGCAUAGAAUUCAGGUAUACAUUGAAUUGUUAUUAUUAGAUAUUAAUCUUGGAAAUAAUACAGUACACUUGUUAAAGAUUUAUUGAAAAGAAUGUUAGAGAAAAAUCCAGAAUUAAGACCUAAUGCUUAAUAAGUUUUGGAAGAUCCAUGGUUUGAAAGGUAUAAUUUCUUAAAUAUUCUAAUUUAUUAGUCAUUCAUCUGAAUAAAUACCUUCAUAAGAUUUUAAGGAGAGUUUGAUAUAAUUUAAUGGUUACACUGAAGAUUAAGAUAAUGAUAUUAAAUAAAGCAGAUUUUUAUAAGCCAUAGUUCUAUUUAUAUCAACUGAAUUAGUUCAUAAGGAUGAUAAAAAAGUGUUGAAUCGAAUAUUUCGGAAAAUUGAUAAAGAUAAUAAUGGUAUUAUUGAUUAUAUGAGAUUAUUAGGAACCAUCUCAAAAGAAGAACUUAAAUGUGCAUUACAAUAAAUAUAUUCAAAAAAUCAAUUAGAUGAUAAAGUAGAUAAAAUAUUCGAUUUUUUGGAUGUCAAUUAAAGUGGUUCAUUAGAUUUUAGUGAAUUUGUAGCUGCAACUUGUAAAUUACCAGAUAUAGAUGGUAAAAUAAUUUAUUAAAAAUGAAGAAAAAAUUAGAAUAGCAUUUGAUGUAUUGGACAAGAAUAAAGAUGGAGGCAUCACUCUAGAUGAAUUAUUUAAAUUCAUUGGAAGAGAAGACUAUGAUAAUGAUUGUAAAGAGAUAUUCAAUCAAUUUGAUCAGAAUGGAGAUGAAAAAAUUAGUUUUGCAGAAUUUUCUCAGGCUGUCUAAAAAUACGUUAAUAUAUGUAAAUAGAUUUAAUAUUGAUUAUUUAUAAGAGUG